AAAAAAAAAACAAAACAGUUUCAAAAAUCAUUACUCGUUUUUGAAAGGUAAUAGUAAUUUGAAGAAAAAAUAUACCCGUUAGGGACAGCUUGUUUUCAAAUGUAUUUAAACCAAACCAGAGGAGAGCCUCGCGUGUGUGUCUCUAAAGUCUCAACGUCUCUCUCUCACAUAACACCAAGCGAUUAGAGUAAACAUAUAUCAAAGGUAAAAAUCUCGAUGAACCACCGAUUGCUCUUUUACUAGGAUCAUAGGAUCGUAGAGAACUAGGUUCGAUGAGUUUAUGGAAAGCUAGGAAUGAAAUUAGGGUUUAGUUCGAAUCGGUUUAUUUUUUUUGGUUAGACCCAAAAAGAUCAAUUGAUUCUAACCGUCUAGUUAACCAAUUUGCAGAAGCGGAGAUGGCGGAAGGGCGCGAUAGACUCGAACGACAAAUUGAUUUUGCAUCAUUGUUUCUCAACAGACAGCGCGGAAGGAUCUUCGUUGACGAUGAAACUACAUGGACUGUGCAAGCAAGAGGUGGUAUUUGGCGGCGUGGAAGGCCUCGUCCUCGUACUCGUACUCGUCCUCGUGCUUCACCUUCAAGGAGGGCCCUCGCUGAUAUCACUGAUGUGAAUAGGGUGGGUACUGAGAGAAGGAGAGCAGUGGUUGGCCCAAGGCCCCUCCUUGAUACUGCUGUUGUUAGGGCGGGUACUGAGAGAAGGAGAGCAGUUGACCGUGUACCACUGGCUCAGCUCGAGCUCAGGUAUUCUGUGGCCAGUGCUGUUGCAUCCGCUGGAGUCAACCACCCCUCUUCCAUCGCUUGGGUUCAGCAGAAGUUGCUCUCACUCAAAGAGGAAUUAUCUGAUGGAGAGGAGGCCCUCACUCCAGAGCUCCUCAACUAUAUAGAUCAAGUGGGGAUUUAUCUGACGGAAGAGCUUGAGAAGCUGAAAAGCACACCAAGUGCGCAGAGAGCUGAGAGGGAGAGGAGGAUUCGAACAUUGAUGUCCAUGAGGUGACCGUUUGGGAACUCUUCACACUCUGAAAAGUAGGGAUCAUAGGCGUAAAAAAAAGUUGACGAUGAUACAAAGAGGGACGAGUGGAUAUCAUAUCACGGAGAGUACAUACUCCACGUUAUUACCAAUGUGGUGACUAAGUGAGCUUACUACUGUAAACUCUGAAAUGAUUCAUUGUUUGUGUUUUAGGCUUGAGAGUUAAUAUUACAUUUGCUUACUUUCUUUUUUCACUAUUUGUGAAAUUGGAAGAUUUUUUUGAUACC